AACUAGGAGUGCUCCCUCCUCUUCGUGCCCACGUGUACGUCUAUGGUGGGAGAUGAUCUUGUCAGAAACUCUGUAGCUCUGCCCAUAGGUUUCAAGGCAGAGACUGUAGGUGGUCUGGCUCCAAAAUGUUCCAUUCUACUUUACAGUCUUGAGGUUUGUUCUGAGGCUUUGAGAAAAUUGGCCCUGCCAUUGCUACAAGCAGAAGCAGACCUGCUUUGUCAUGGCUGGCCUGCUGAGGUAUUCACAAUCAGCAGGAGGGGAAACACGUCCUGGCCCUGUGUGAGAGCAGAGGUGCAUGAUUCAGUACUGGUUUACAGGGAUAAUGAAAGGACUUGAUAAGACGACUCAGAGUAUACUCCGCAAGGCCACAAGAGGUCAAAAGUGUGUGUAAAGCACGAAUCAUAACAACCCAGAGGCAAGAAAAUAAGACUGUGGGAACAGUUUCCCUGGGAAUAUCCUUUAUUUAAAUUAUUUUCUUUAUUUGAUUUGCAGAUAGAUAAGGACAGUUGUAAACACCUCUAUUGAGCUCUUGGUGGGACUCUGCCUGCAUUAUGGUAUUGAAGUUUGGCCUUGGAGGGUAAAGCAGUUAGAAUGUACUUCUACUCCCAUUCCUGUCAAAUCUAGUUCUGCAAUUUGGUGCUGUGGACAUUGUAAUACCUUAUGUAAAGCAGUUAGCAUACUGGGAACAAAAAGGCCAACCUCUCCAAAUUUUAGAAUGACUCUAAAUGACCAUUCUCCCUUCUCACAGUUGAGGAGAAAAGAUCCUAAGACAAGUGCUAACACUUAAUGAUUAGCAGGGAGUAAAAGAUAUACCAUAGAAAACCAUAGUUUCCUUUGCACUGAGGACAAUCUUUUGGUAGUUUCUACAACCACAGUCAGGUCUCACAAUGGGCUGACUGGACUUAUAUCUGGAUUUUUGUAAUGGAUUUACUUCCCAAUACUGCAAACUCACUGUUAUCUUUUUAUAUAGAAUCUAGAACAUAGAAAUAAUUGGUAUCAGUAAUAUUGGAAUGCUACAUAUUACUAAGCUGGAAAACAAAAUGGAGGGAGCAACAGAAAGUCUCCUUUUGCUGUAACUUUCAUAGUUGUUUCUAAUCCUUCUGUGUUGCACAUGAAAGCUGUUUCAUCCCUUGCUGGCUUUCAUGGAAAGGUAGUGCUGUCCUCAGCUUCACAGCUGAGUAAAAUUUGGUUUUGUCCUCUGAUGUCAGAAUCAGUGCUUAAUGGGGCAGUGUAUUAACCAGUGAACAGGAAUCAAAAUAAAGCAGCUUCAGUUCAAGUUGAAACUUACUGUUUCAAGCAGGAUAGUAUUAAGGCUGAAUGUUGAAAAAGUGAGCUCUGCCAUGUCUUUUCUCCCCUGGGAGGAGGGAUGUCUGCCCUGGUCCAGACAUCCCACACUGCAGCAGUGUCAGCACUCUCUUAGUGUAAACAGGGAGUCAAGUCCCCUGGUAUCGACAAGUCCAUGAUUUUAGGCUUCUGCAGCAUUGGAGGGGAUUGCUUUAGAUGGAGUGGGGUGAAAAUGAGGGCAGAGUCAGGCCCAAUACAAUUGCCCUGGCUGGAAGCAGAGACCAGACCUUCAGCAUUUCAUUCAAGCUACACAGAAAAAUCCUUCAGUGCAGCCUGUUCCAAACGCAUGACAGUCUCUGCAGAAAGGGGACUGGGCAUGCCUGCCAGGAGCCUUGAGGAGGAUGCUCUCUCCCAUUUACCACGGUACUGCAUCAUCUCCUAGGCUGAACCGUGUUGCUGCCAGUAUUUGCAGAUACUCUGAGAUGCGUCAGAGCCCCCUGGCAGAGCUGCUGGAUCGCACAGGCUGCCGCUGGGAGAUUUAGUGUGUCCCCAGAGUGCCAGGAACACGGAAUACAGGAAUAUACACACGGGCACACGCGCGGGUGCGUGCGCGCAGCCCGGGGAGGGACCCACGGACUGGAGGAGGUAGAGCUGCAGUCAGGGCAGGAGAAGUGAGGGAGAGGAAGAGGCGGGGAGCAGAGGGACACGGGGGACUGGAGGGGACAGACAGAGAAACCGGCACGGAGACACUUCAGAGAUGGGUGAGUUAUAACUAAGAGCAGGAAGAAAGUCAGAGAAAGCAAGAGAAGGAGAGCUGUGGGGAAGGGAAAGGAGAUCAGAGACUGAGUCAGCCUCCAGAGGGCAAACGUCAGGAGACGAGUUCAGGGAACACCCCAGCAUAACAAAAAGGACCGGUUCUGUCUGAAUCUUCACCAUGAGCACAAAGAAGAGCUGCCACCUGCCACUGGGGCAAGGAGACCAGGAGGAAAAGCAGAGUGAGGGUACUCCUGAGCUGGAGCGACAGGAGUGUGAGAUGGAGCUGAGGAACAAAGCUAUUCUGCAACAGAAGAGGCGCCUUAAACAGGCCACCCAGUUUGUGCACAAGGACUCUGCUGAUCUGCUGCCCCUGGAUGGCUUGACAAGGCUUGGCACUUCCAAGGAUCUGCAGCCACACAGUGUGGUCCAGCGGCGCCUCUUGGAAGGCAAUCUGAACAAGCUACGGGUUCAGUCGGCAAGGGUUCAAUCUCCGCUGGCAAAAGACCAGGAUGAAAAGAUGGAAAAGGGAGAGAACAGGAGAAAAGAGACUUCACCCCUGCUAAUACAGUGCCAGUGCCAAGGUCAGGUAUUGAAAGCGACUGUUAACACUGGGUGUCUACCGAACCUCAUCUCCAAGAGCUGUUUAAACCAGCUAGGGCUGGAAGAAGUGUCUGCCAUGGACUGUGGAGACCUCUCUCUUCCUAUCCCCAGCGUUGUUGGCCGAGUAGAACAUGUGGAGUUGCAAUUUGGCCCGGAGACAGUGUUGUGUUCGGCACUGGUUGUAGAUGAUGAAAUGCUGGAGUUUUGCAUUGGUCUCCAGACUUUGUGGUCUCUCAAGUGUUGCAUCGACUUGGAGGACGGAGUCCUGAGAUUUAAAGCACUGAGUCAAGAGCUGCCUUUUCUACAUGCCUCUGAAGAGCCUGCUCAGUGACUAGCUGUGUUCCCCAUGUCUGGGGCUGAGGAGACUUGCUGCCAUGAAAGAGAGAUGAGGGCGAGGCUCACAUGCCCCUAACCUUGCUGAGUUCUAGGCUGAGGCAUUCACUGGGGAGUGAGAAAAAGGCAAGUGGGUGCUGGAAGCUGUUGUUACUGUGAGUGCCUCAACUUCAGAGAUGUCCCUCUUUUCAGUGGACCCUCUUGCUUGUCCCAAUGUGCCGAGUGGGCAUUUUGUUCUUGCUUUUCUAUUUGUCCCUAGUCACUUCAAUUUCUGUUUCUGUUGUAAAUUUACCCUACCCCUUUAAUGACUACAAUACCCUCUGUUCAUGAGACAAGAGAGUCUCUGUGAACAAUCUCCAGUUGUUUCGUGGACAAGAGGAUGGCAUUUCUCCAAAAACCUCCAAAGACUGCCAUGAAUAUUUCCCUUCUGUGAGUGGAUACCCAUCCUGUUUCUUUGUGGGAGGGGUCCUGUUCUCCUUGCCUGUACUCUGGCAAGCUAGAUUUUGUUAGUUUUUUCUGGCUCAGAGCAGAACAGAAGUAUUUUCUUGGGAAAAUCCCACAGCAAGAACAUUUUUAGAGUUCUCAAUUCUGAGAAACCUUUGCAAAAAUGCUGAGUGUAGAUGCCUAAAGUACACACAGGGGCUUGGGCUUUGUCACUGCAUCCUUGGGCACUAAGCUAUGUUAUAUGCAUGGCAAUGCUUAUCAUCUCUUGGUGUCUUACAUAGUAGUCAGACUUGCAGUCCCUGCUCUUCUGAUCAGGCCUUUCCUCUCUGUACUCCAGCUGCUAGAGCUACAUUCUGUUACCUCUGCUGCUUCGUCAGAGACCCUGUUGUUUACUUUAAGUGCUGCAGUGAAUUACAGCAAAAAGUCUUCUGCUCUGUCACCUCCUUUCUUUCAACUUGAAAUCCGGUGACUGAAUACAGAUACAUCAUCAGCCUCAAGCCCUGGCAUCACACAGCCCACCAACUUAGGUACUCUUGCACAAAACAAGAACUGGACUUCCUUGCAGUACCUGCUCAGGUCAGAGAACUGUGAACUCAUCUGGGAUGUCAAGGGUGAUUAUUAAGUCACUUAAUAAUUGUGUUUUUUUUUUUAAUUUCCAUCCUAGAGUGUAGCUGUAUUAUUAAUCCAUGGUCUACUCUUUACUAGCUCUAGGAAAGAUGCACUAGAUCAGGGCUUGUUCCAUGCUUCAUGACUACUGAUUCACUAUCCACAGUCUCCAAAAUGUACCUUUUUCCACCCUUAAAAUGUCACAAUAUCCCAAUUUUGCCUCUCCUUCUGGAUUAAAUACUGCUGACUCUCUUCCUUUUUUAUCAAACUGUCUGUGUUGUGUUUCUCAAAGAAGUUGUGUAUGCAUUUUUGCUUUUAUUCUGUUAGUUCUUUCCAAAGUCAGAUGCUGUAUGCUGUAGUUUAACACAUGCUAAGCACAGCAGAGUACAGCCCAACUGAUAUGAUUUGGGAUUCACUUACCAGUGUUAGUUGGUAUGACUAGCAUCUGCUCCUCCUACAUGGAGCAUAAGACUUUUACUGUUAGUCAUCACAUCUUGCAUUUUCUGAUCUUCUGAUCUGUUCCAUGACUUCUUUUCCACUCUUCUAGUUGUGCAUCUGAUUAUUUCUGUGUGAACUGCUUUCCAUGAAUCUCCUGAAUGGCACCAACAGUUCUCUCAUUUAGUCAGGAAACAUGCCUGCUUGAUGAGUCUGUCUUCCAAAGUACCAGUAAUUCUUCCUGGAUUUGUAUCACUUGCAUGGCUGACUGGCUUCUCAAACCCAGGGCAGUUUAGAUUUGUACUAAACCAUCCUGUGUGUCAGCUGGAAUCUAUGUGGUACCUGGGUCAACUGCUGAAAAAAAUCUUAUUACUGAUAGAUGAAACACCUGUUCCUACGUGCAGCAACUCACCCAGUUUCCAACUCUCAUUGCCCUCUAAAACUGGCAUGUGGAACAAGGCAAAUAAUCUGUUAAUUAUCUGAUAGGUACCAUAUCCAUUAAAAUUCUUAUUAAAAAAAAGGCAAACUCUAAACCAUAACCCUAAAGCUCACUCUAGCCCUAACCCAAACAUUAAAUCCCAACAAUGACUCUAAAUUUAACCCAUAAGGCUAAACAUAACAUUAAACUUAACCCCUAAACCAAACUCUAACCCUAAAACUUAAUGCUAACCCUAACCUCUAAACCAAACCACUACACCCUAACUGUAAAACUCUAACCAUUAACCCUAAAACCAACCCUAAACCUAAACUCUAAAUCUUAAACCUAACUCUAAAUCCCAAACCAUGUAACUAAACCUAAUUCCUAACCCCAACUCUAACCAUAUCCCUAAGCCUACACGUGACCUCAACCACCUAACCUUCUUUGAUGAUUUUUGUCAGUGCCCUAUUUCCCUCCAGAGUGCCCUGGGGCUUUUGCUGGGUUUUGCUUUGGCCUGCAAGGGGCGCUGCUGCCUUCCAGAGUGUUCUGGGGUUUUUGCCAGGCUUUGAGGCCCACACAGGGUCCUGCUUCCCUCUGGAGCACCACAGGGCUAUCUCUGGACUUUGCUGAUGCCCAGGGAGGUCUCUGUUGCCUUCCAAAAUGUCUGACAGCUUUUUCUGGGCUUUGCUGGUGCUCACAAGUGGCUGUCACAGGAAGGAGAAGGUCACCAAUAGCUUUCAAUCCUGGUGACUUCCUUGUGAGAGCCGUGCCUGAUGGGUGUCCAUUUUGGAGCUGGGCUCUGGCUAGGAUGGGGGUGUAGGUGAGUAGGAGUCUUUAAACUGAAGCCAAUAGGAAUCUUUCCAAUGAUUAAAAGGGUGUUGGAUGGGAUUCUAUAGAAAAUUGGCACGACUUUGAGUUGACAGUUCUAUUUUGACUACUGACUGUCACAGCCCCGCAGAUACUUGCACACUAGCUGCUGUCUGAAUUCAUUAGGCGCUGUUCCUACAUGUCUGUCUUGGGAUAACUGCUUUUGCUCACAUUUAGAACAUUCUCCAGUCCUUCUGAAACCUUUCUGUGAUUCACAUGCCUCAUUUCUCAAAACACCAACAGCUCAGGUUCCUCUGUGAAUUAACGUGCUACAGCACUAGAAAAUUCCCAGCCCUCCCUGUCCCUCUCUUCUCUGCAUAAUAAAUCCUUCUUUGCAUCCUCCUUUCCUUCCCCUCACACUAAGCAACAAAUUUGCUUCUUCCAAAAGGAAUUCUUUCCUUUUACAUAAUCCUUUUAACACUUUCCUUUCUGGUUGUUAAUACACUUGCAUGUUAUGCCACAAAUUUGCAAGCCUUUCCUCUUUGUUGUUAACAACUGGAUGUAUAAAUGCAGACUGUGCCACUUCUCAGCGACAGAGAGGAUGUUUCCAAGAAGGCGCCAAAUUAGCACGUGAGAGUUCUUCUCUCAGCUUUGAAAUAAGCUCCAGGGCAGAAGACAUGCUUUUCACCUUCCUCCUGUCCAUGUUAGCUGAGCAUGCAGAUCCACGCAGUAAAGGUCUCUUUCAUCCAGACACUGAGGAAUCUGUUGCUAACAGUUAUCCUGGAACAUCCACAUCUCCCUGAGAUUAGCUCAGUUGGUUACAGCACGGUGCUAAUAAUGCCAAGGUGGUGGGUUAGAUCUUAAGAUUCACUUAAGAGUUGGACUCAGUGAUCCUUGUAGGUCCCUUCCAACUCAGAAUAUUUCGUGAGCAAGCCUUGCUGCAGGCAGAGCUUGCAGAAAACCACAUUUAUACGACUGGGAACUGCAGGUAAUAAUGUCAUAGCAGACACCUCACUUCAACUCAUUCCCUAAAUCACAGUCUAAUCCUACAGUGUCAGUACCUGCUUUUCUCAUUGACAGAACUUCUGGUGGGUUUCUACUGCCCAAAGUUCCUUGGCAUUAAAUGACAUGCUGUUACUGACUUGAACACAUAUAUUCUAGCCCAAACCAGUGUUUUCUCCAAAGAUGAGCAUUUUUGUGUCAUUACAUGGAAAUCUCAGCUUCCACUGUGAAAGAAAGAAGUCUCGGCUUUUAAAAAAUGUGAUUAGAAAACAGGACUUACAACAUCUCAAAGAAGCCAACUCAACUCCAUCUACAAACAUGGUAAUUUUUAAAAGUCUUCCAGCACAGGAAGCCCAGUAAGUAAUUUUUGAGUUGGUUGGCAAGGCUGAAGAUUGUCUCAAAUGUAGUUUCUUUUGGUAAGCCUGUUAUACAGAUACAGUUCCAUACUCCCAGUCCCAGUUAUCUCUAUUGCUUUUGGUGGACAAAGGGAAUGAAGGAGCUAUCUAAAGGCCUUUUCCACUGAAGAUCAAAAAAUAUUAAUACUUUCAUAUGGAAAGUAGAAAUUCAGUACAAACUGCCAGCUCAGAGCAGGGCAUAGGCACAUUCUGUAUGUGUCCAACACAGGCUUUCUUAUGAUGAGGCCCAUCCCUUCAAUAUAGACAAUGGAAUGUUAUCAUUUGAGGGACAAACUCUUUGAACCGCCUUGGUGGUCAGCUCCUACUUGGGUUACUUUUCAAUAGGGUGGGCACAAGGUUGUGGAAAACUCUGCAGGGAAACAUCCAUCAAAGCAAAUUUCUAAAACAGAAGCAAGUGUGGGAUACACAUGGCUGAACCUGCUCAGGAAUGGGGAGAUGGAGUUCCGAGGCCCCUUCCAAGGCCUAUGUGCAAGAGGUAAAUCUAUCCUGAGAACAUGCACUCUGCCAAAGCCAUAAUCAGGACCAUUUCCAGGAGCUUGGGGUCACUUGGUUUUGAACAGAAUGGGAGCUCCAAUCAUACAUAUUCCCAGAGACCUGCUCCUUCUUUCACUACUAGAAGGUGACCUAUGGAAAUGAAGGUCACUCCUCCUUUCAAGAGACUUCACUGGCAAAUGCCAGGAUACACCUGAAGAGUUAAAAAAUAACUAAAUUCAGCAAAAAUAUCAUAAAAACAAAGGCAGGGAUGGCCAGCAGGUUUAUUAUGUCUCAGGAAAAUAAGGCAACCCCCUUCCUUUAUUUUUUUGCUAGUAAGUUGACGAUCACAACCAAAGCCAUGAAUCAUUUAUCUGCAAACACCCCCAGUGCCUGAGAAUGCUGUCAGACUCCUCACUUGCUGUGCGCUGGCACUGGGACAUACAAAGGUGUCUGGCCAAUCUUGCCAGUUGAAAAGCUUCCCAGCUCCAGUGGGUAUGCCAAUCUGCUACAGAGUAGGAUACAGCGAACAACAUUUUCUGCUGUGUGGGAAGGAAUCACUUCUAAUUCCAACUCUGUGGCUUGUGUCGGCUGGCAAGGACAAACAAGAAAUUAGUUACAAUGAAAGUAUAAUGUAACUCAGUCCAAAGACAGAGCCUUAACUGGCCCCUUUCCUGAGAAAAUGUAGACUUCAUGGGAAAUUAUUGACAAUGGAAGUAGCCUGAAGCACUCACUUCAGGAAGUAUUGGCUAUAGCCAGUCUAUCAUGCACUUUGGAGUCUAGGGCAGGAAAAAGAAGGAAAGUCAUCUUUUGGCCAAGGAACAGUACAGAUCUUCAACUAAUUCUUCUUUUCAUUCUCCUAUGUGCACAAGGGGCACAGGAGCAAAAUGCAUCUGCUAGUUAUUAUGUGCUGCACGCAAUAUAAAACUGUCAGGGAAACCCUCAAAUGUUAGUAUUUUUCCUCUCCAGUGGUUUUUAAGAGAUGAAGAGUUUUGGGGAAUGGAUGUUUUUGUAGUGUCCGUAUCUUCUCACCUCUGCUUUCCACAGUGCACAUUGCCUGGGCUUGCACAGCACAUAGCAAUGUUAUCCUCAGGCCAACAAAAGAAGAGGGUUAGGGUGCACAGAUGACCCUGCCCAACAUAUACAAUGGUUUUGCCCUGUUUUUUUUUAAAGAUAGUCCUUAGAUAAAUGUCAUCUCUCCCUUGGUAACCCUUUCCCUUUCUCAACAAUUAACAGUCCAACAGUGGAUCAGUUUGACCUUCUUUUCUUGGAAAUCAUUUGACCUGUACAGCCAAGUUUGUUCUGUGUAAAACAGUUUCAGCCAUUUGUAAAUCCCUUGCGCUUGUGUUGCUAAUAAAGGUUUAUAUUUGGUGUUGCUAAUAAAGGUUUAUAUUUGGCACGG